AAACAGCAUUUAAUAAAAUAAAACAACCUCGAAAAUACAAGAAUAUUUAAAAUAUAUGUAUGUUUGUGUAUUAAAUAUUUAUGUUAUAUAUAUUUCAAAUAGCUUCAAGUUUUAUAUUUGAAUAAAUAAUCAAAACUGAGUUGUCAAAAGUAAUGGCAGUAUUUUCAAGCUCACCCGGCUUUUGUCCGACUUGCGGAUCUAUAUUUCCACACUUAAAAAAAUCUGGACAAAUAUCUUGCUAUAGUUGCCAAAACGCUUUUGAUCCUGAAGUUUUUGGAGAUGUAAAUAUAGAAUAUACUAUUCAUUUCAAAAAUUUCGACAGUGAAAAAUUAAAGAAAAUUAAAUCAGAAGAAAAUGAAUCUGAUGGACCCGUAGUAGAUAGAAAAUGUACAAAGUGUGGAAAUGAUAAAAUGUCAUAUGCUACAUUGCAACUACGAUCGGCUGAUGAAGGUCAAACUGUUUUUUUCACCUGUUUAAAAUGCAAGUAUAAAGAAUCAGAAAAUUCUUGAGAUAACUUUCUUGAUUUCAAUGUACAUACGCAUGUACAAUGUGUUUUUUUCGAAAAAUAGAUUAGUAUUUACAAAUAUGUAUAAAUAAUACCAAAAAGAGGUAAAUGUUUAAUACAGAUAAAAAAUUAUUUAAAGACCAUCGUCAAUAAAUGUAAAUAAAAACGUGAAAGACAA